AGAAGUUGGACUUAUAAAUGACAAGGUGACAGCUGGCUCCUUCCUACCUUCACUGACUGCCGCUGUGUGCGAGAGCAGCUAACCCGGACCCACCGAAACCCCUCACAAACCGGUCGAGCCAUGUAUGCCUGCGCCAAAUUUGUCACUUCCCCCGCUGUGCUGCGUGGAGGGUCCAGAGUCCUCGCCCGGCCAGUCUCCGUCUCCCUGUACAGACCCCAGCCCACAGAGCAGCAGGCCCUGGUGCCUGUGAGCCAGUCCUCCAUGGCACUCCGCUCGUUUCAGACCAGCGCUGUGUCCCGGGACAUUGACACUGCAGCCAAGUUCAUUGGAGCAGGGGCCGCCACAGUGGGAGUGGCCGGCUCAGGAGCAGGGAUCGGGACAGUGUUCGGCAGCCUCAUCAUCGGAUAUGCCAGGAACCCAUCCCUGAAGCAGCAGCUCUUCUCCUAUGCCAUCCUGGGCUUCGCUUUGUCUGAGGCCAUGGGGCUCUUCUGUCUGAUGGUGGCGUUCUUGAUCCUGUUCGCCAUGUAAGCUCGACACGGUGCUCCUCCUCCUCUGCACUGCCCCAGAUGACCCCUGCCCUCCCGCGGUCCUCCUGCGGUCUCACGGGACAGGCUCACGGGACAGCCAUGGGCCAUUCCAGUCUACAGAUCCAACACGAUUUAUCAGCGCCUCUCAGAGCCCUGAAAAUUUUUAUGUUUCACUUUUUGUGUUCUCAAGUUGAUGUAAGACCUCGCUUCGGUUUAAAAUUCUGUCCAAAAUAAAUGCUUGGGAUAACUAAA